GCGAAUCCAGCAACACCAGACCGUCUCCAGCUAUGGAGCAGACCGGAGAUGCCGACGAACGGACAAAGAAAAUACUGUGCCAGACAUACAAGGUGACCAUCAUUAUGCUGAUCAUUGGACAGAUACAGGUUUCGAUUUUCAUGGAAAUAAAGGCCGUGAAGAGAUUCCUCGAAGAGCACUAUUAUUUCAGCCUGCUGCAGUUCUUCGUCAGCUUCAUAUCCAUACAAUUGUACGUGUUCUUUUACCACAUGAUCGUGCAAAAGUCCUCCUGGAAGCGCAUACUGGCCGGCGUCUGGACGUUCGAGGUAAAUACCAUAUCUAUCAUGAAACCCGCAAAGACGGCGCCAUAUAUUAGCUUAAUCAUCUCCGUUGCGCUCACCUUCAUCGUCAUGGCCAUCAGUCUGUGCUACGGAAACUUGGCGGUGCGCCAUAGGCGUGGUCUCUUCGUAUCACGUCACAAUGUGAUCCGGUGGAGCGAACGUCUAUUUGUCCUCACCAGCUUUGGCAUCAUCGUGUGCGCCGAAAUGAAGCGAAUUACCAUCGAGUUCGUGACCCUUCUCGUCUACACCACUCUGUCGAACAUUUUUGUGGUGAUAUUUGCCGCCUCAAUAAGGAAACCGAACUUCUAUCACUACGAGCCCAAGGGAGACCACAUACUCAUCGGCCAGCUGUAUUACCUGAACUUCUAUGCCCUCUACAUGGGCUAUGUGUGGACGACAGCCUCCUGGUUCGAGAUAAUGGAUUGGAAUGUCAAGCUCACAGAUUUAUUUAAAUAAGUCACAGUGUCACAGUCACACACACCGGUCACGCGGCUCUCAUCACCAGAAAAUGUUCUGAAUCGAUGUACGCCAAUCCGGAGCAUGCGCCGACUAUCGGAACAGCUGGGCCAGCGGAUUGUCGUGGUGUUUACAUCGUCCUGCCCUGUCGCAUCGCAUCGUGCACAGUUUCUAUGUAUAUUGCACUUGGCCCGGUUGCAAUCAGCACGGCUCGGAACAUAACAGAACGGUUCGGUUGUUUGAGUGGUUCGUGUGCACGUGCGCGUCCGUCGCCAUAAAAUCAAUACAUAUUUUCUAACCAACGCGCGUUUUACAUUAAAAAGUAAAUAAAUGGCUUUCAACGUGA